GAGAAGCUAGAUGAAUAUUAUGAGAAAACUACAGACACUGCUGCCUAUGUUAUUGCCAUGUUACUUGAUCCAACAGCCAAACUCGCAUACUUCAAAAAGCACUGGCCAUUGAAUUUGCUCGAUGAUGUGCUUGCUUGUGCCGAGAACGUCUUCGAACAA